AUGCCCUUUCCGUGUGUUUUCCCCGUUUUGGACCCCUCCCCUCCGUUCUCCCUCCGUAAUCCCGACCGUUAUCUGGUUUUUUAUGCGCCCCUGUUACCCGUUCCCGCCUCGCACCCCGUCCGUCGAUCCUAUUCCGUUAUUUCCCCCUCAUCCGCUCCGUUUCCCCCCCGCGCGUUUUCCGGUCUGCGUCCUCCUCUGUCUAAAUUCCUCCUUGCCUUCCUGUCUCGGUCUUCUCCUCUUGGUUUCUUCUCUCUAAUCUCUCUCCUCUCUCUUCUGGUUGUACCCUCCUCCUCACUCUGUCUAUCUCUCGGUUCACAACACUCUUCAUCCAUCUUCUGUCCCUGUCCUCUGUCGAUCUUCCCCUCUCCCCCCUGCCGUGAAGCCUCUAUAGCUCUGGUGUCGCACUCCCUGAUCAUUUGCAACCUACUCUGCUUCUCUGACUUCACCGCACCCCAUCUCCCGAAACUACUAUGCUCACCCUCACCCUCUCCUGACCAGCUGGGUCCGGUGUACACUACACUCUCCUCCUACCCCUCUCCCACCACACCCCUGACCAACAAAACCAACCACAAUAACGUGGGUUGGGCUUAA